GGGUGGGGACUGCAUUGCCACGUUGAUGAGGGACGUGGACCCUGUAAAGCCGCCGUUAGUUGCCUGCCUGCUUGCUUGCUGACUGUCUUCUUGUUUGAAGCGAGAGCUGACGCAACAGACCCUAGAGCAAAGCAAGGAGACAGCCUGUGGAUAACAGUGCACAAACCCGGGCAUUUCCGUGCAGCACACACAUCCCAGAUUCAUCGUGUGGUAUUUAUUAUUGAGGGGCAAAUACAAUACUGUCUAAAGGAUGAAGCUAAAAGAGAUUGACCGCACUGCAAUGCAGGCCUGGAGCCCUGCUCAGCAGCAUCCUAUCUAUCUGGCCACUGGCACUUCGGCUCAGCAACUUGACGCAACUUUCAGUACAAAUGCUGCCCUUGAGAUUUUUGAACUGGAUCUCGCAGACACUACGCUGGAUAUGAAAUCAUGUGGCACGUUCUGCUCUUCACACAGGUAUCAUAAACUGGUUUGGGGACCACAUGGGAUGAGUUCAGAAGAACAUCCCAGUGGAGUCCUCAUUGCUGGGGGUGAAAAUGGAAACGUUAUUCUGUAUGACGCAGCGAAAAUCAUUGCUGGAGACAGUGAUGUGGUCAUCGCUCAGAAUGAUAAGCACACUGGACCAGUUAGAGCGCUGGAUGUUAAUUCGUUCCAGGCAAACCUUGUUGUCUCUGGAGGUAACGAGUCUGAAAUCUACAUUUGGGACCUGAACAAUUUUGAUUCUCCGAUGACGCCUGGACCAAAAUCUCAGCCUCUUGAAGACAUCAGUUGUGUUGCUUGGAACAGGCAAGUCCAGCAUAUCUUGGCUUCAGCCAGCCCCAGUGGACGUGCGUCAGUGUGGGACCUGAGGAAAAACGAACCCAUUAUCAAAGUCAGCGACCACAGCAAUAGGAUGCACUGUUCAGGGUUGGCUUGGAACCCUGAGGUGGCCACCCAGCUAGUGCUUGCAUCAGAAGAUGACAGGAUGCCCGUUAUUCAAAUGUGGGACCUGAGGUUUGCCUCCUCGCCCCUGAAAGUCCUGGAAAACCACACAAGGGGUGUACUGGCCAUUGCCUGGAGCUUGGCAGACCCCGAGUUGCUCCUGAGCUGUGGGAAGGACAACAGGAUUCUCUGCUGGAACCCCAAUUCUGGAGAGGUGCUGUAUGAGCUGCCCACCAGCACACAGUGGUGCUUCGAUAUCCAGUGGUGUCCCAGAAACCCAGCUGUCCUCUCUGCAGCAGCCUUUGAUGGACACAUCAGCGUCUACUCUAUCAUGGGAGGCAGCUGUGAUGGCCAGAGGCAGAAGCAAGCAGAUCAGCUCACCUCCUCCUUUGGGAAUCUGGAUCCCUUUGGUACUGGCCAGACCCUCCCUCCCCUGCAGCUCUGUCAGCCCGCAGUCCAGCAAAGCACAGUGAUGCCCCUGAAGAAACCCCCCAAGUGGAUACGCAGACCCGUAGGAGCGUCGUUCGCUUUUGGAGGCAAGCUGGUAACAUUUGAAAAUGUAACUGUCCAACCUCAGCAGCAGCAGCAGCUAGUUCCUCAUCACGUUUAUGUGAGCCAGGUUGUCACAGAAACAGACUUCUUGGAGCGCUCUAAUCAACUUCAGUCUGCUGUGCAGGCUGGACAUUUUUUCAAUUUCUGUCAGUCUAAAGUAGAAGCUUCACAGACUGAAUUUGAGAGGAACAUCUGGUCUUUCUUAAAGAUCAACUUUGAGGUUGAUCCUCGCAACAAAUACUUGGAGCUUUUGGGCUAUAAAAAGGAAGAAAUUGUUAAGAAGAUUGCUGCUGCGUUAGAGAAAGACGCAAUUGUAGAUGGGAAAGCUGAGGAGCCUGUUUGUGAAGCUGAGCAGGCAGUGGAAAGGGUUGAAGGGAGCCCCAUUGCUGAAGAGCAGACCCAGGGAGAGACAGAACACCCCAUUGAUGAGGACAGAGAGGAUGCUGAUCUUAAAGAACACGUUUCUGAAGCAAAGGAGACCUUGAAGAUCUCUGUCAGUGGAGAUGUCGAUGGGCUCAUUACCCAGGCCUUGCUCACUGGUGACUUUGAGGGUGCUGUGGAUCUCUGUCUCCAUGACAACCGCAUGGCAGAUGCCAUCAUCCUGGCCAUCGCAGGAGGGCAGGAGCUCCUGACAAAGACUCAGGAAAAAUACUUUGCCAAAACACAGAGCAAGAUCACCAGGCUGAUUACUGCAGUGGUCACAAAGGACUGGAAGGAGAUUGUUCAGUCAUGUGACCUGCAGAACUGGAGAGAGGCGCUGGCUGCUGUGCUGACGUACGCUCGCCCGGAUGAAUUUUCAGCCCUUUGCGGUGAUCUUGGUACCCGGCUGGAAAGAGAUGGGGACCUCAACCUCCAGGCCCAGGCCUGCCUGUGCUACAUCUGUGCUGGUGAUGUGGAGAAGCUGGUAGCAUGCUGGACCAAAGCACAGGAUGGGAACUCACCACUAUCCUUGCAGGACCUGGUUGAGAAGGUAGUGAUCUUGCGUAAGGCAGUUGAAAUGACCCAGGGAGUGAGCAGCAAUGCUGUAGGAGCUCUCCUGGCUGAGAAGAUGAGUCACUAUGCCAGUCUGCUGGCAGCUCAAGGCAGUCUGAGCACUGCCAUGGCCUACCUGCCAAGCAACACUGAUCAGACAAACAUUGUGCAUUUGCGUGACAGACUUUAUAGAGCACAGGCUGAACAAGCCCCAGGAACACAGGUUCCUUAUGAGAGACAGCAGGCAACCAAAGGAAGGGCUUCCACCAAGCAGGCCCACCCUCCCGGGCAGAUGCCUCAGCAACAGCCACAAGCCCCUACACAACAGUACUACCCACAGGUAAGACCUGCCCCUACUGUCACUUCCUGGAGUAACCAAACUCCCACUGCCCUUCCAAGUAUUCCACCUGCAGCCUCUGCCUCAGACACUCAGGUUGAGCCCCCACCUCCAGGUUUCACCAUGCAGGGACCUGCUAACCCUGUAGCUGCCAGCGCAGCCCCUGGUUAUAUGUACGGGCAGCCCAGUGCACGACAGCAGUAUCCACAGACUUACUCUCAGACACAGCAGUACCCUCAAGGCAUGGGGGGGCCAACAAUGUAUCAACCUCAGCAACCCACUGCGUCUCCUCCUCCUCCUUCACCCUCUGCUUCUUACCCUUCUCACUGCCUGCACUCUGCAUCUUCUCACUCUAUUUACACGGGACAGCCUCCAGCCUCGGCUACGGGACCCGUCUCCCCUGCUUCCUCUUUCCCGCCUCCUGCUUCUGGAGCCUCCUUCCAGCAUGGCGGGCCUGGAGCUCCAGCCUCUUCUUACCUACCUCCGCCAACAGGUACCCUGCCUGCCACCCAAAACGAGCUGCCUGCUUCGCAGAGAACAGGAGGGAUAAACACCACAGACAUAACCUGCUUCCUGGAAGGACCACAGAAUGGAUGGAACGAUCCUCCCAGUCUGAGCAGAGUACCAAAGAAGAAGAAGCUUCCAGACCAUUACACUCCUCCAGCUCCGAUCACAGCCCCGAUAAUGAACCCCUUAGGGGAUCCGCAGGCACAGCAGUCCUCUCCCCCACCCACCUUCCAGCCUCAGCAGUACCCUGCAGGACAGCCAGGGCUGCAGCCCUCCUUCCCCGGGAUCCAACAGCCGCUGCUGCAGCCUGCUCUACAGCCCUCUGCACAGAAGCUCAGUGCUGAAGGGCCACCUGGUGCACCUAUAGGAGACGUCGUACAGCCAUUUCAAUCCAUACCGGCUGAAAAAAUUACCAAAAAGCCCAUUCCUGAUGAGCACCUGGUCCUCAAGACCACGUUUGAAGGGCUAAUUCAGAAGUGUACGAGUGCUGCUACAGAUCCGCAAACCAGGAGAAAGCUGGAUGAUGCAAACAAACGCCUGGAGUCCUUAUACGACAAACUUCGUGACCAAACGCUCUCCCCAACAAUUGUCAACGGGUUACAUAACAUCGCCAGGAGUAUUGAAACACGAAAUUACAUGGAGGGAUUGAACAUGCACACCCACAUAGUCAGUAACAGCAACUUCAGUGAGACGUCUGCUUUCAUGCCUGUCCUCAAAGUAGUCCUUACACAGGCCAACAAGCUGGGGGUAUGAUCUUCACAGAAUACUGGAUCAUUCCGUAAAACCGCUUCUGUACCAUAGCAAGCAAGAACAAGUAGGACCAACUAUGAUAGCAUGUGUAGCUGGCUUAUUGGGUCACCACUGGCAUAUGCUAAAGGUCUUUAAAAAAGUCAACAUUUUAAAGCUUUUUGUGUGUUUUUAAUGUGUAAUCAUCAAAUCCCGAGAGCAGAGUGCAAUGGCCUUGGUGCUUUUUAAAUGUGUUUUUUUGUUGUUUUAAAUGUUCAACAAAGGGCAUCUCAAUGUAAACGGUAUUGUAAAAAAAAAAAAAAAAAAAAAAAAUCCUGCUUUUAGUGAUUGACAUGGUGUGUGAGAAGUCGGUAUAAAACAUGGAAGUCUGAAUAAGAAGACUGUACAAGAGAACCCUGUAUGUGUUUUUAUGUUUGUAUCUGUGUGUGUCUGAUUUAAUCACUUUAUUAUUUAAUCUUUUAAGGUUUUUAUCACAAAAUGCUGCCUGUUCUUUCUUAGUUUUUUUUUUCCCCUCUUAAACAAGUAGGACAAUAGUGCAUUGCAUUUUUUAUCUAAGAAAGAAACUAAAUCGCCAACAACAUGCAAUAUUUAAAAUAAACAUUCAUUUAUAGAUGAAGUGGUAUUGGAAAUA